AUGAACUGCACGCACUGUAUUCUCCAAACGGUCACUUUCCCUGUACUGUCUGGAAGACCCAAUUUGAAAACCCUAAUUUCUCCAAUUCUUGCUCAAAUUUACCCUAAAAGCGCCUUUAAGAAAACCCAUCAAAAUUUGAAACUGACAAGUUUCAAAAUUAGAGCUUCACUGGACAAUUCUGGCGAUAUCAACAACUGGGUCAGCCGGUUACCCAGAGGAGCUUUUUCCGGCGAUAAGAUAUUCAAGUUGAUUUCCGGUGCCACUGCUAGUCCCAUUGGCCAGUUCAUUUCUUCACCCACCACGUUUUUGCAUUCUGUGGACCCCAGAAUCAAAUUGAUAUGGCUACUGGCUCUAGUUGUUUUACCAGCACGAUCACAUAUCUUAAUGCGUUUUGGAUUGGUAGUUUACGUAGCUCUUUUGUCUAUAUUGGUUCUCCCGAGGCAUGUGUGGAUGGAUCAAUUGGGAAGAGUGUCAUUACUUUCUGGAAUCCUCUUCAUUACAUUGGGGUUAGGAUCAGAUGGGGUGCCUCCACUUGUCCAGUUGAGAACACCACCACCUGCCAUCACAGGCUUGCCUAAUCUUCCAAUGUCUUUGGGAGGAUAUUCAUAUGUAAUCAUGAAGCUAGGGCCUUUACAGUUUACAAGGAAGGGCUUGUCAGUAGCAAGCACAGCUGCAUGCUUAUCCUUCAUGAUCUUCCAAAGUGCAAGCCUCUGCCUGGCAACCACAACACCAGAACAACUAGCAUUUGCUUUGCGGUGGUUUAUGCUCCCCUUGAGAUACAUUGGUGUUCCAGUUGCUGAAAUAACUCUUACCCUCUUACUAUCUUUGAGGUUCAUCAAUCUAGUCCUUGAUGAGGUCCGUAAUGUUUCAUUGGGGAUUGUAUCUCGCAGGAUAAAAUGGAAGCAAUUGACAUUUAUGGAGACAAUAGAUAUUUUCGCUUCCUAUAUACGUCGGAUCUUCAAGAAUAUUUUUAGCCAUGCAGAGCAGAUAUCUCAGGCAAUGAUCGUCCGGGGUUUUAGAGGUGACAGCAACACUCACAAAAUCUAUUUCUUAUCAGACUCAUCGGUUGGGAUGGCAGAUUUUGUUUCUCUGUUAUGCUUGAUUGGUGUUGUAGGAGUUGCUCUUUUGUCUGACUAUUUCUUGGUCUGA